CUUUUCCCAUAAUCUUUCUGCAUCUCCAAAUUCCCCGCCAUUUACCCCAUUCUUGUUUCCUCUAUGGCGGGAAAAUUCAAUCCAGUUUCAUCAAUUUCUUCACAAUUUUCUUUAACACAGAGAUCUCUUCUCACUUUAUCUUCCCUAACCCUAAUUUUAUUUACUUACAUCUCUUUUAAAUCUCUACAUUUCCUACUUCAUUACAGUUUCGAGUUUAACCUAAUAAAUCCAAAGGUCGUUGCAGAUAAAGAUCUGGGAGGUUUCUCUGAUAUUUAUCAUUCUCAUGAAAUUUUUCGAUUAAAUUAUGCCGAAAUGGAGAAGAAUUUUAAGGUUUACAUAUACCCAGAUGGAGAUCCAAACACAUUUUAUCAGACUCCAAGAAAACUGACAGGGAAAUAUGCUAGUGAGGAUUUUUUCUUUCAGAAUAUUCGGGAAAGUCAGUUCCGUACGGAGAUUGCAGAGCUUGCUCAUCUUUUCUUCAUCCCUAUCUCUUGUCACAAAAUGAGAGGCAAGGGCACAUCGUAUGCAAACAUGACUAUAAUUGUGAAAAAUUAUGUUGAUAGUUUGAUACUUAAGUAUCCAUAUUGGAAUAGAACACUAGGAGCAGAUCAUUUUUUCGUUACCUGUCACGAUAUUGGUGUUAGAGCAACAGAAGGAGUUCCACUGCUAGUUAAGAAUUCAAUUCGAGUUGUAUGUUCCCCGAGUUAUGAUGUGGGUUUUAUCCCACAUAAGGAUGUUGCUCUUCCUCAGGUCUUGCAGCCAUUUGCACUUCCUGCCGGUGGAAAUGACAUCCGAAACAGGACAACUCUUGGUUUCUGGACUGGUCAUCGUAAUUCUAAAAUACGAGUGGUACUGGCGCGGGUUUGGGAGAAUGACACAGAACUUGAUAUUAAAAACAACAGAAUAAAUAGGUCUCUCGGACCCCUGGUUUAUCAGAAGAAGUUUUAUAGAACUAAAUUCUGCAUAUGCCCUGGUGGUUCCCAGGUCAAUAGUGCUCGUAUAACAGACUCGAUCCAUUAUGGAUGUGUUCCUGUGAUAUUAUCCGAUUACUAUGAUUUGCCUUUCAAUGACAUUCUUAAUUGGCGGAAAUUUUCUGUCAUACUGAAGGAGAAUGAUGUAUACCAGCUCAAGGGCAUUCUGAAGGACAUACCUGAAGAACAAUUUGUUGCACUGCACAAAAACGUUGUUAAGGUGCAGAAGCAUUUUCAGUGGAAUUCACCUCCUACCAGAUAUGAUGCAUUUCAUAUGGUCAUGUACGAACUCUGGUUGCGUCAUCUUGUCAUCAGGACUGUCAUCAGUUUGCAGACACGAUUUUGUAAUGGCCGGAUUGAGGAUGGGACAAUUUAGUGGUGGCCAGUAGCCACAUCAAGGAAGGAUAGUGAUCGUUGUUUUUAUGCACCUGCCUGUUGAGUAAUUACCGGAUGUCGGUGAACAUGUGGGUUCGGUCAUAAAUUG